CAUUCCGCGGGAGGGCGGCGCGGGGCGGCGAGGUGCUGCCGCCGCCGCCUCCUCCCCUCACCUCAGGCGCUGCCGGCGAGGAGCGGAGCGGGCCGGGCCGGGCCAGCCCGGGCCCGGCCGCCCGCUGCCACCGCUACCACCACCGCCAUCACCACCACCGCCACCAUACCUCCCCUUCCUUCCCGCUGCCGCCGCCCCCCAGCCGCCACCAUGCAGGAGCUCAUCGCCAGCGUGGACCACAUCAAGUUCGACCUGGAACUGGCCGUGGAGCAGCAGCUGGGGGCGCAGCCGUUGCCCUUUCCCGGCAUGGACAAAUCAGGCGCAGCUGUCUGUGAAUUUUUUUUAAAAGCGGCCUGUGGAAAAGGAGGCAUGUGCCCGUUCCGACACAUCAGCGGGGAAAAGACAGUUGUUUGCAAACACUGGCUACGAGGACUGUGCAAAAAGGGAGACCAGUGCGAGUUUCUGCACGAGUAUGACAUGACCAAGAUGCCUGAGUGUUACUUCUACUCCAAAUUUGGGGAAUGCAGUAACAAAGAAUGUCCAUUCUUGCACAUUGACCCGGAGUCUAAGAUCAAAGACUGUCCCUGGUAUGACAGAGGCUUCUGUAAACAUGGUCCCCUCUGCAGACACCGACACACUCGAAGAGUCAUUUGUGUGAAUUACCUAGUAGGAUUCUGUCCAGAGGGGCCUACCUGUAAAUUCAUGCACCCUCGGUUUGAACUGCCAAUGGGAACCACAGAGCAACCACCACUGCCUCAACCGACACAAACACAGCAAAAGAGGACACCCCAAGUCAUUGGAGUCAUGCAGUCUCAAAAUAACAACACUGGGAACAGAGGACCCCGGCCGUUGGAGCAGGUCACCUGCUACAAGUGUGGUGAAAAAGGUCAUUAUGCCAACAGAUGCACCAAAGGACAUCUGGCCUUUCUCAGUGGACAGUGAAAGAGCAAAACGAAGAGUGCAAGGGAGCUAUUAACACUGAGAAAAGGUUUCUGCCUAGCACUAUGUCUUGAACUAUUAAUCAGGUUGUUUUUUAAUGCCAUUACUGAAAGAACUGGUCAGAGGCUGGCUGCUGCUAAGCAACGUUUUUGUAAUUGUCCACAACUUUUUUUUAUGUUUUAACCUUUUUAAAAUAGAUUUUGGCCUCCGCCUAUUUUCAUUGAGCCCUUGUGAAAGGUAGAUCUAAAAGCCAAUAGAUGCGCAAACCCCCCACCGGUGCAGCAGUCUACGUAAACGCGUCUUACGCCAGUGUUUCUUUAAAGUGUUUUCCUUCUGCCACUUCUCUUUGGAGAACCUGCAGCGUUUCAGCCCUCCCUGUGGAAGCAGGAAGACUGACUGGGAAAGCUAAUGCUUGAAAUGCCUUCCCUUCAGUGAGGAAGCAGGGAUUCUGCUGUCCCGUAGCUCUUAAAAACCGAAGUUGUGUUCCCAGGUCCAGCCUGUUGUAGUCGAUAAGCUUGUCCUGGUGGCUGACUUAACACAUCAUGUACAUCAGGCUGUAAAACUCUCGUCCACUUGCUUUGUUUCUGUGCUUCUUGCUAUACUGAAGGUUAGAAAUUAAUCUUCUGGGUGAGAACCGAUCGAGGGGAGAAUAAAUUGGCAUCUCUGUGGUUAGCCAAACAAUAGGAACAAUGAUUGUAGGAAAGCCGCAUCUGUGCUCAUUUUCCAUUUGCAAAAAGCAAGGAGGGAAAUGAACACGGCUUGAAGAGUAGGAAUAGAAGAGCCUUGUCUCGGCCCCCCCAUCGUCCAGCUCACACUGAGCAGGUAUUUCCAUAGCCUAGAGAAGACCAAGAAGUGGAGAUGUGUAUUCUUAGAGAAGACUGCUUUUAAAAGUGGUAGAGCAUUCUUCUGAGAGCAAUUUUUCCAAGCCAAAACCCAUUCAUUUUGUGAGAAGACUAUUUCAAAAGGGCCAAUGAUAAAAUGUGAAUUAAAAAAAAAAAGUGCACCUACAAUGUGAGCCUUAUUGAUUCUAACCCAUCUUUCAUGUGCUGACUGCCUUUAUACUUUGUUUUUAUUGACAUGUACUGAUGGAAAAAGCUGGCUGUGAAUUUAUUUUUUUUAAGAACAAGGUCAUAUGACUAGAUUAAGAGAAGUGACCAGAGCCUAUGUUGGUUUGAAUGACUGUGGUUAUUUCACUGUGGGGAGUCGGAGUCAGUCAAAAUAGAAGUUUCACGUCUAAGUGACUAUGGUAUGACAGACCAUCAGACACUUCUCACAGUGGCCAAAAUUUGAGAUGCAUUAUCUGUGUUUAACUAGGCACGUGUAAAAGGAACCAAGACACUUCGGUGUCUGGCUACCUUCCCGAUGUAGUUCAGGAGUUUCUGGUCUUCACUAUCUGAACAGAUGUUUUCUGAAACUGAAAGCUUUCCUGUUACCACUGAAGCUCUUGAGAAUCUUCAUAUGCCUCAAGAAGUGGUUUUCACUCUCCCUCCUAUUCAGAAAAGGAUCCUGCAGGCUGUACCUGCAAUGCCCAGCUGCAGUUGCAAGUGUCAGCAGGUAGUGUUGGGACACUGGGAUGCACUUGCUUAGGGGGGUGCUCGAGGAAGGUUCUCAGCAGGGGCCAAAGCCACAGAUGCUCCUUUAAGCUCCAUUUAACCACAUCGUGUCUCCUGUUAAACUUCUCACCGCUGCGUUUAAGUCAAGAAGCAAAGUCUUCCUUCAUUUUAACUUCAUGGACCAUUAAAUUUCUUUUAAGCUCAUACGCA